AUGGCCUCAUCACGACCCCCCGCGCCAGACGUUCACAAGGCUGUGAACCUGCUAAUUGACAACCUUGUCAACAUCAAAGAUGAGACUGGCAAAUUCCUCCUACACCUCCCCGACGGCCGCGUAAUUGACACGAAAUCCUGGGCAGGAUGGGAGUGGACACACGGUAUCGGUCUCUACGGUGUAUGGCAGUACUACGAGAUGACCGGCGAUGAGAGAUUGCUGAAGAUAAUCGAGGAUUGGUUCGCCGACCGAUUCGCCGAGGGAGGAACCACAAAGAACAUCAACACCAUGGCGGUAUUCCUUACGCUCGCCUACGUUUACGAGAAGACUGGCAAUGUCACAUAUCUCCCUUGGCUCGAUGCUUGGGCCGAAUGGGCAAUGUACGAAUUACCGCGUACCCGUUAUGGUGGCAUGCAACAUAUCACAUAUAUCACAGAGAACUACCAACAGCUCUGGGAUGAUACUUUGAUGAUGACAGUGAUGCCGUUAGCCAAGAUCGGAAAGCUCCUCAACUGCCCUGAAUACAUCGCCGAGGCUAAGAAACAAUUCCUGCUUCACAUCAAGUACCUUUUCGACACGAAGACCGGUCUCUUCUUCCACGGGUGGACCUUCGAGGACGGUGGACACAACUUCGCGGAUGCGCGCUGGGCACGUGGAAACAGUUGGGUGACUAUUGUGAUCCCAGAGAUCAUCGAGCUAUUAGAGCUGGAAGCUACCGAUCCUAUCCGACUACACUUGAUUGAGACAUUAGAGGCGCAGUGCGAGGCUCUUCAGAAGCUUCAAUCAGAGUCUGGUGCCUGGCACACUUUGCUGGAUCAUCCAGACUCUUACCUGGAGUCAUCUGCGACCGCCGGAUUCGCCUAUGGAAUUCUUAAGGCUACCCGCAAGCGAUACAUUGGUCCACAGUACCGCGAGGUCGCUCAGAAGGCCAUCCAGUCUGUGAUUAAGUAUGUUGAUGAGAAGGGAGAGUUGCAGAAUACUAGCUUUGGUACUGGAAUGGGCGAUUGUCUUCAGUUCUAUAAAGAUAUUCCAUUGACGUCUAUGCCUUAUGGACAGGCUAUGGCUAUCAUGGCUCUUGGAGAGUACCUACGCACAUACUUUUAG